AUGGUUCUUGUCGCCCUUAAGAAGGCCAUCUUUGGAACUGAAAAGCAGCCUCUCCUCCGAAACAACGCCUCCUACGCCACCAUGACCGACGAAGAAGCCCGCCUUGGUCUCACCGACGACGACACCCUGUCCCAGGGCUCGGGAUCGUCUGGAUCCGGAAACUCGUGGGUCUCUCCUCGAGUUGUCUCCGACAUGAUCAUCGGUCUUUCUGACGGCCUCACCGUCCCCUUUGCCCUCACCGCCGGUCUGUCUUCUCUGGGAGACACCAAGCUUGUCAUCACCGGAGGUAUGGCUGAGCUUGUCGCCGGAGCCAUCUCAAUGGGUCUCGGUGGAUACCUCGCCGCCAAGUCUGAGAACGACUACUACAAGUCCGAGUGCACCAAGGAGCGAGCCGUCCUCAAGACCGAGUCCUCCGAGGGAGAGUCUCAGAUCGCCGACAUCCUCGCCCAGUACAACCUCUCUCCCGAGACCACUGCCUCCUUCACCAAGGACCUGCAGAAGAACCCCACAUCCAUGGUUGACUUUAUCAUUCGAUUCGGAAAGGGUCUCGAGGAACCUGCUGAGGGCCGAGAAUUCACCUCUGCCAUGACCAUUGGUCUGGCUUACUUCUUCGGAGGUUUCAUUCCCCUGAUCCCUUACUUCUUUACCGCCCACGUCGACGAUGGUCUCAUGUGGUCCGUCAUUGUCAUGCUCAUCACCCUCUUCAUCUUCGGUUGCACCAAGACUGUCAUCUCUCUUGGAUCCGACGUCGGACGAGGCUGCAUCACGUGGAAUGGUAUCCAGAUGACUCUGAUUGGUGGUCUUGCUGCCGGAGCUGCAUGGGGUCUUGUCAAGCUGAUUGAAUAA